UAGAGUUUGGUGUCAGAAGUCAGAACUGAGAUCAGAGAUGAUUAUUUUGAUUUUUUCAGAAAAUAUGUUUUUAUUCUAAAAUUUAUAUACACUAACGAUAAAUGAGUUAGUAAUAUCGUCUAACACCUAAAAAUGUAAUUUUCAUUACAAAGUAAAAGGAUUAUAACUCAUUCGACAAAGUAUUAUCUUAAAUGUAAUACUGCUUAUACAUAAAAAUGGAUUUCGAAAGUCCUGAUGUUGAAAAAGAUUUUCCUGGUCUAUACGCCUCAGAAACCGGACGAAAGAGCAAUGAAAGCGAUUUUAGUGACGGAGGGGAUCAUGAGAAACCCAGUAAAAAAGAUUUAUUAGGACGUAGGAAAGAUAAAAAAGAAUCUAAGAAAGACCGAGGCUAUGCAGCUUUAGCGGGCGAAAGUUCUCCAGAAGAAGACACGGACACUAAAAGUCCAUCAAAAUCAAAGAAGACAAAAUCUUUCAAGUUCCCUACAAAAAGUAAAGAAAAGAGAGAGAAGUCACGGGACAAAGAAAAAGUAUUAGAGGAUGUUUCAAAGCAUAAAGAGUUAAACGAGAAAGAAAAGAGGAAGGAAAAAGAAAGAGAGAAAGAGCGGGAAAAGGAAAAAAAGGAAAAAGAAAAACGGGAAAAGCUUAAAGAAAAAGACAAGGAGAAAGAAGAAAAGGCGAAGUUCAAACUGGAGUCGAAAGAAAAGUUAAAGGAUGAUAAAAAAGAAAAAGUAAAAGAAACUAAGGAAAAAGUGAAGGAUAAAGAAAAGGAGAAGGUAAAAGAGAAGGACAAGGAAAAAGUUAAAGAAAAGGAAAAAGAUAAAAAGGAUAAGAAGCUGACUAAAGUGCCGUCUACAGUCACAUCGGGAGUGCCGUUCGAAGAAAUAUUCACAUUAGGAGUUGCCCUCCCAAUAUUCGGAGUACCGUUACAGCAGUCUGUGGAAAGAUCGCGUUGCCAUGACGACACCGGGUUGCCGCUUGUUGUUAGAGACAGCAUCGAUUUCUUACAGGCUAAUCUAAAAUCGAACCAGCUAUACCGGGUGGAACCAGACAAGAUCAAACUCCAGCAGCUGCGGAAGCUGUAUACGGAUAGAGGACCAACUUUUCCCUAUCAUUGGGAUGUACCCGUCGCCUGUUUUAUGCUCAAGAUGUUUAUCGGGGAACUACCAGAAUCUAUUCUCACACAGGAGUUGCACGGUCAAUUCGAACAGGCCACGGCAAUAUCAGAACCCCAAAGGGAAAGCACGAUGGUGGCAUUAAUCAAUAAACUGCCUUCGUGUAAUCUUGCACUGGUUGGAUGGGUCAUGAGGCAUUUGGAAUGUGUCCUUGCUAAUGAACCGACAAAUCACGUUAACAUACAAACACUUUGUACGUAUUUGUGUCCGGCCUUGGGCGUGUCUCAGAACUUGCUCACGUACCUCGUCAAUAAGGCCGAGAAAAUGUUCCCCGAUGUUUACCUCACUAAAUACGUCCCGCCACUGCUUUCGAUUCCGCCGGAUUUUCCGGAAAAUGCAAAUGAAAUUUCGACAGAACUCCGCAAACAAGAGUCGGUAUUGAAUCAGAUCCAUUCGGAGAUGCACGCGGGAGUCGUCACUGCUGAUAGAGAUCAGCAACUGUGGGAGGCACAACGGAUCGUCACGCAACUCAAGAGAAAACUACGAUUAGUCCAAAAAUCAGUUGAACCAACCUCGCUUCCACUACAACAACACUCAAUAGACGAUAAACAAGACGAACAACAAAACGAACAAACAGACGAAGAUAAAAAACAAGAUACACCAAACGACUUGACAGAUAGCAAAGAAACUGAGUCAGAACUCAAAUCUGAUAUCCAAGAUCCAACAUUCCCAGUAGACUUUGAUUCACAAACAGAAUUUCCAGUAGAAUUUGAAUCUCACACAGAAUUUCCAGUAGAAUUCGAUUCACAAACAGAAUUUCCAGUGGAAUUCGAAGAUAAUUUCGAAUUCAAAGAAAAAGAGAACGAAAUUGAAGUGGAAAAACCUAAAUUAACUGAAAAGGAAUUAAAAGUAUUAAGGUUGCAAUUGGAAAACGCAGAAUAUUUACAACUGAAGUCUCUUCUACAAGCGAAAAUUAAUUCGGAGCAAUUCGAAAUCGUCAAACUGCGGAGUCACGUUGCGUUGAAAAAUAAACAAGAGGGGCAGAAAGAGAAAGAGAUCUGCCAAGAAGACAUUGAGCUGAAACAGAGGCUGUUGAAGGAGAAUGCUAUGUUGGAACAGAAGAGAUUGACUUUGGUGAAUCAGAUAUUCCAAGAGAGGGUCGCGUGUAUACAGUUGAAGAUUGAGUUGGCCAUGAAGGAAAUUAUGUCGAAGUCAUAGAAAAACAAAUAGUUUUGCUUGCUACCAAUAUUUAGCACGAACAAUUUGCUAAAACAAAUAGCUUUAUAUAGUAUGGAAUACUUAUUAUAACCGUUCCAGUUGAAACUAAAGAAACUAAUACAAUAAUAAUAUAACAAACUUGCAUUGACUCGUUCGUACUCAGAGAAUUGUUAGAGAUUUUAACUGCGAUAUUUGGGCUUUUGGAAACAAAAACUAGUUUCAGUUUUUAUCAAACACGAUAAUAAUUAUUUUAGACGCAAAUUGAAACCUAUUAAUGUAUUAAAUAUAAAUUAAUAAUAUUUGUUAAUUAUAAAUGGUAUGUUUAAUUAUAAUGUUAUGUCAGAAUGUUGCAUUUACAUUUAGUAAUGGAAUGUUACUUUUUAAUAUAUUAUGUUCUUAUUUAUUGGAAAUUUAUAUAAAAUUAAAAUAUGUCGCGUGCUUCUUUCUCUAUAGUCACAGAAUAGAUAAAUGAUAAGGUCCUAUUAUCAAAUUUCUCCUAGAACUUUUGCUUUGACUCACUGAAAAUAUCUAUGAAGCAUACGGCAUGCUUGUGGCGCCAUCUAUUAUGUGAGUUAUAAAUUAUGUAUCGAUCAAAUUACUUUGAGUAGACUUCGAAGGAUAAUUUUUUAUGACACCUGAAGGUUGUAUUAAUAAGGUUAAUUACGAUUAAAAUAUAAUCAUGACUUUUGUGAUCUUUAUUUAUCAUGAAAUAAAUGUGUAAAAAAUA